UCAGUGCUGUGUGUGUGACAAGUCUUGGGUGAGGAGCGGGACCCUGGCCCUCAUUCCCAACGCCACCACCCCCUGGAGUCUGAGGUUCCACAGGCCAGGCAAUGAAGGGAAGUAGCCCACACACUUCAACCCGGGGCCACAGUUGGAGGAGAGGCCCGCACAGCCGAGGAGCAACGCAGGAGCUGUGUGGGACCCGCGCUGCAGCAUCUGCCGGGCUCCGACCUGGUGGGAGCCUCCAAGGCCCGGGACGCGCGGCGGCAGAGCUGGUGGCCGCGAUCUUCCGGGCCACUCCUUCCUCCCUACCCCUCCCCUCCCGCCCGCGACCUUCGACCUCCAUCCCGGACCCACGGGGGACUGGCCCCGGGAAAGGGAGGAGAUGUGAAAGGUAUCUAGGGGCGCGGCGCCGCCGCCUAGACGGCGCCGGGGCUCGAGGUGCGAAUCCGCGGCGUCCGGCUGCGCGGCCCUACCUGGGAAGUGCGGGACCCUCCGCCGCUCUCCGAAGCCGCGCGCCACCUCGAGCCGGGCUCCGGGCGGCAGCCGCCCGCGCACGAUUUUUAAAUGCAAAGGCCUUAUUGCUGUUCUUUGUUCCAGGGAUACCAUUGUCUAGUCGUCCACGGGCCUCUCGGAGUUUUCCCAGGGUUUGCGGCGCGCACUCUCCUCCCCCGCCCCCACAGACUCGCUCUCCAGAGCCAACCCGGAUCUGCCUAGGUGCCCACGAUCCUUCCCGAUCGACUUGAGUGUCCUUCCUCCAGCUCCUGCUUUCCCAGCAUCGAAAACACAAAAGCCUGCCGGAAAUCACCCAGCCUUUGCCUGGUCACUCAGGGGCCCAGGGAUAAGCGUGGCUCCGAUUUUUCCAGGUCAGCCCCACCGUUUGCCACCUACCCGAGUUAAUUUCUGCGCCCGCUGACCAAAGGCCCCUACUGGCCAGAGGUACAGCUUCUUGGUGCGCUAGUCGCUUCCUUGCUCAGCCUUUCGAGCCUCCCGGGGAAGUGAGCGUAAUUAGUAGCCAGGAGCCCUGCGACCCUGACUGCUGUGCGAACGCACCAGGCCGGCUACGAGAGCUUUGUACUCGGCUCUUUCUUGUGAAACUUGUUCCCCUCCACCCCCCUGCGUAAAACUCUCGUGUUGAGAAAAGCAAGGCUUGCAGGAAGCCACUCCGGAUGUUUGCUGCUUUACAUGUGGCAUUUGUGGCUGGCUCUGAUAACAUCCCGGGUUACCGCGUAUUAAAGUGAAGAGACUGAAAUAGAAGACUCCACAUACAACCGCGCGCGGGUCAGUGACGCCGCAGCCCUCCACACUGCCCCCCGAAAAUACGUGACAAGCGAAGGAUCAGAAGAAAUGACAUCUAGGUCACAGUAUGUAAAAGGGACUAGUUUUGGAAAGCCACCACAAUUCCUCCCUGGUAAAUUUGUAAACUGCGACUUUAUGAUCCCAGGAAGGGUUUUAUAAGAAGUGGGGGGAGAGGCGCCAAAAUCUGAAGCUCUUACUCCAAACUAGGAUGUGUACUUUCACCUGAUUUCUCUUAACCCAUCAAGAUCAGUCCCCAGGAACAAGGGCAAAUAAAAAUAGGGAAACCCUGCCGGGCGCAGGUGGCUCAAGCCUGUAAUCCCAGCACUUUGGGAGGUCGAGG